CUUUUCCAUCUCUCUUUUACGUUAUAUUUUAUGCCUUGCAAUGGAAAAAAGGAUGGGGUGAUUUGUGGACAGGAUCCCCAGGUCCCCGAUUCGCUGUAUCACCCCACUGAAAAGCCACGGCUGCAGUCUCACAGGCUACAUCUGAGCAGAGCAAAGGGGGCACCCGCCGAAGGAACAGUCUCCAGACAGCACCCUGAGCUCCAUCCUUGGUCUUAGAAAUGUCUCCCAAGAAAGCUAAGAAGAGGGCAGAAGGUGCCAAUUCCAAUGUCUUCUCCAUGUUCGAACAAGCACAGAUCCAGGAGUUUAAGGAGGCUUUCACCAUCAUGGAUCAGAACCGCGAUGGUUUCAUUGACAAAUCAGACCUGAGAGACACAUUUGCAGCCCUCGGGCGUCUCAAUGUGAAAAACGAAGAGCUUGAUGAGAUGAUCAAAGAAGCACCUGGAGCAAUUAACUUCACCGUCUUCUUGACAAUGUUUGGAGAAAAGCUUAAAGGAGCAGAUCCAGAGGAAACCAUCCUAAAUGCAUUUAAAGUCUUUGAUCCGGAAAGCAAAGGCUUAAAGGCAAACUACAUCAAAGAGAUGCUGAUGACGCAAGGAGAACGAUUUUCAAAGGAAGAGGUAGACCAAAUGUUUGCAGCCUUCCCUCCAGAUGUGACCGGUAACCUUGACUAUAAGAAUUUGGUGCAUAUCAUCACACACGGAGAAGAAAAAGAUUAA